GACAGCCUUAGAAACCGCCAUGUACAAAACGCUAAACGGAGCCUUGCCAUCGCAGUAGCACAGGUUAAUACUGUAUACUGAGAACAUUCCGUUGGCUUCGGCUAUGGGCACACCUACUGCACUAUUUGACAAUGCAGGUGCUAGUGUAAUCACAAUUGUGUGGUCUUUGCAUAAUCCGGGUCCAAGAGAUUUGAAAUUUUUUCCCAGUAAUCCCAGAGAAAAUUAUAUUUUCCCUUGAAUGGGAGAUCCUUCCACUUCCACAGUUCAGCAGCACCAGAGGGCGCUGCAAAAUGCUUUUGAUGGAAUUGCCCCGCAAGCAUCGCCAUCAUUCUCAGGAUUAAUGAAGAAGGGACCAUGCGAUGUGUUUAUUAAUCAUCGUGGCCGUGAUGUUAAGCACAAAUUAGCUAGCAUUAUCUAUCACACGCUGGAACUGGUUGGAUUGCGGGCUUUUCUAGAUGUCGAAGAGCUGGAGUUGGGAAAUUCCAUGCCAGAUGAAAUAGAGGAGGCAAUGCGCGCUGCUGCAGUUCAUAUUGCUAUUUUUUCUGAGAAUUAUGCACAAUCCCCCUGGUGCCUGGCUGAGCUAUCAUUUAUGCUAAAAACUGGCACCACAAUUCUUCCCAUAUUCUAUAAUGUUAAGCCUGAUGAUCUCCGAUGGGUGGCUCAAGGGAAAGGACUCUAUGCUCCUGCGUUUUCCCAUCACAAAAAGAAGCGCAGGUACUGUUCAAGCAAGCUUGAGGAGUGGGAAAGGGCACUCCAUUGCGUCUCAUAUCUCUCCGGAUAUAUGCUCAACGAGAAUGACGAUGAAGGGAGGCUAUUGAAGAGCAUAGUGAAUUCUGUUUUGGGAAUGAUGAAAAAAGUGCCGUUGGAGGUAGCUAAACAUCCUGUUGCAAUGGAUGAAGUCGUGGAGGACUUUGAGAGAACUGUUGGAAGAUCUAUUCAGAGUGUGGAGCAUGUACAGAUUGUGGGAAUUGUUGGGUUUGGCGGGUCUGGUAAAACUACACUCGCGACAGAGCUUUACAAUAGGAAAAGAUUUUAUAUAAAUCGCUCCAGUUUUCUGUAUGAUGUGCGAGACGCUGCAUACAAAAAUGCUUUGCACAUUAAGCAGAAGAAACUCCUUGAGGACUUCCGUAUCCAAAAUGUUCAAUCUUUUGACAAUGUUAAGGAAGGCAAGGGAAUUGUAGCAGAUCAGUUGAAGACUCUUCGUGUGCUCAUAGUUUUGGAUGAUGUAGAUCACGAGGAUCAACUAGAUGCUCUUUUGCCUCCAAAGGAAAGCCUCGGAUCGGGUAGUGUUGUAAUUGUUACAACCCGUGAAGGUGAUGUACUUACAAAGUGGGGAAUCACAUCCAUUUAUAAAAUACAACCACUGCAACAUUUUCAUGCCAAACAGAUGUUCUGCUGGCAUGCUUUCUUACAGCCUUCUCCUCUAGAAGGCUUUGAAGAUUUAACUGAAAAUUUCUUAAAUGUUUGUGGUGGGUUGCCUUUGUCUCUGAAGGUAAUUGGAGGACAGCUUUACGGCAGAACGUCCACGGAAUAUUGGUAUGCUCAACUAGAUAAGAUCCGCAAAACAUUGCCCAAGGAUAUCAAGGUUAUUUUAAAAGUAAGUUUCGAUGCCCUUGAGCAAGAUGAGCAAGACGUAUUCUUGGAUGUUGCUUGCUUUUUCAUAGGCGAAGAAAGGAGUUUGGGCAUUGCUGUGUGGGAUGGGUCAGGAUGGAAUGGUCUCUGUAGUUUGGAAACUCUUCUGAACAAGUGUCUUGUUGAGGUGGACAAGGGAGGGCGUAUAAGGAUGCAUGAUCACCUCAGGGAUCUAGGAAGGGAAAUUGCAAUCACAAGAUCUCCAUCACGAUUCUGGUUUCACAGAAAGAGUAUGCAAAUUCAGAGAGGAAUACUUAUUCGGGGGAUAAUGGCCGCCACAGAUUCUAGUGAAUACAGCAAGAUUCCUGACCGUCCCCUGCUUUUGAAAGAGUGGAUGAAGACGAUUAGAAACCCAAAUCUUAGGCUUCAAUUACAACUUCUUGUUGUAAGAGGAAAUGAGUUUAACCAAAAGUUUGAGCAACUAUCGAGAAGUCUUUUGUGGCUUCGAUGGUUUGAAUUUGAGGGCAUAUAUCUUCCGUCGUGGCUUUUACUGGAGAACAUUAGAGUGUUAGAGCUUAUUGAACCUCUGAACCUGCAAACAUUAUGGGAGGACACGCAUCCUCCUUUGGAGUUGAGAAAGCUACUAAUUAGGGAUGCUCCCUUUUUCCGAGAAUUUCCCCGGUCAAUAGGCCAUCUCAAGCAUUUGAAAAAAUUAUCCUUGGUCAAUAAAUCAGAACUCUCAAGCCUGCCAAAGGAGUUUUGUCUACUUCACUUGCUGGAGCAUCUAGACCUGGAAAAAUGCGCCAUGCUAUCAAAUCUACCUAGCCGUUUUGGAGAAUUGGUAAACUUGCGCCAUAUAAACUUGAACUCCUGUAUGAGUUUAGAGAAGUUGCCUGUUUCUUUUAAACAGCUGAUAAAGCUGGAAUUUCUCAAUUUAUAUGGCUGUGAAACUCUAACAUUAGAGUCAAGUGUCCUAGAAAACAUCACAAAUCUCAAGUAUUUGAAUUGUGGAGGCUGUAGUAAUUUGCAUGUAUUGCCUCAUCAUAUCACAAAUCAGGGUUCUCUGCGAGAGCUCUGUUUCUGGGAUGUUGACAGUUUAAGGGAAGUACCAGCUAGCAUUGGUCAACUAAGCAAAUUGGAAACGCUAAAUAUUGGGAGUCCAUUGUGGACAAGGUUGCCAGCUUCUUUAGGAAACUUGUCCUACUUGGUUACUCUUAUACUUCAGGGUUGUGUCAACUUGGAAUCUCUGCCAGUAGAAGUUAGACAACUGUCUAAUCUUCAGACUUUAUUCAUUUGCAGAUGCUCUGUCAGAGAAUUGGCCUUUGAAUCUGGGUUAGGAUCCUCUUUUUCAUUGCAGAAGCUCAGGGAAAUACAUGUAAGUGAAACAUCAGUGGCUAGGAUAUCACUUUCCCAAAACUGUUGUCCAAGCCUCCAGACUCUAUGUGUUGAAUUUUGUACAUCUCUAACAGAGAUCGAAACCUUACCGACAGCACUCAAGUUCAUCGAAUUGAAUGGGUGUACAAUGCUGGAGACCAUGGGUUUACCAGAGGCAUUUGAGAAGCUAACAAAUCUUGAAACUUUAGAGGUUCGAGGGGGUUCAAUCAGGGAAUUGCCAUUUGGAAGGGGAUCUUCUUAUUCUUUGUGCAAUCUCAGGCGUUUAUAUCUAGAAGACACACAUUUGCCCAAGGUAUCGAUUUCCCAAGAAUGUUGUCCAAGCCUCCAGGAACUUGUAAUCAACCUUGAAGAAUCUUUGAUGGAAAUCGAAAUUCUGCCCACAGCACUCCAAUCAAUUUCUUUGACAUUGUGUAAAGCGCUGAAAAACAUUAGUGGUCUUCAUGCUGUGGUGAGUGUUGAAAAGCUAAUUAUAAUCUGUUGUACAGAGUUAAUUGAGAUGCCAAGUUUGGCAGGAUUAGUUUCCUUAAAUGAACUUGUAGUUAGAGGUUGCAGUAAAAUAAAUAAAAUAGAAGGUUUAGAGAAAUUGACAUCACUGGAGGAGCUGCACAUAGAAACCAAUUGGAAGGCUCCUCGAAUAGACAGUUUGGGGCAGUCUGAGAGGCUGCGGGAGGUGAACCUGGUAGCAGAAAAUAUGUCAGCUUUUGAACAUUGUAUUCAAAGCAUACAGAUUGAGGAAUGGCCAUACAAUAUGAUGAUUUGUGGCAGAACAUCCAUGAAAAAUGUCCCUCCUGAUCUGCUUCCAUCUUCAAAUUUCUCCGGUCUUGCCAUUGUUAAAUCUUUGGAGAUAUUUUCACGUGAGGAUCAUCAGGCACAUGUUACAGAAUUGUGGAGUUUAACAUGUGAAGAGACGCAUUCGUGUAAUGCUGCUACGGUAUGUUUUCUUAUUGAUUGUAAGGAAACUGAUGAUCUGUGGAUGCAGUCAGCAAAUGCAACUUUAACUCCUAUAACAAGGUUGAGACAGGGAGAGUGGGCAGUGAUAGGUGUGUACACAGAAGCUUCUCCCCUUAUUAAGGAAGCGAUGGAAGGGCUCUCUCUUCGAGUAUCGUUGGAUACUAGUAAAUCUGUUCAUGUCGUCAGCGGGACCUUGGUGGUGGGAGAGAAAGCAAGAGUUCUGGAAGCUUUUAAUCAAUUCUUCCAAUAUCUGAAAAAUUAACAUGCUUUUCAAUAUCAGAAUGCUCUCUAACGCACACAAUUAACGUUGUUUUUAAAUACUAAUGGUCCAAUCAUUAAUUGUUCCCGCGGCUGGAUCUAGCUAUUUCAUUGAAGAAGACAGAAGAUAAAAGAGGAAAGUGAAACACAAGAAGACAAGGGCUGGUCUUUGUUUGACAUCAUCUUGGAUUCUGUUGAUGUAUGGGAUAAAUCGGAUGACUGGGACCCUCCUCCCCCCUCUGCUAGGUGUGCUUUGGCUGCUUAGUUUCUCUCCAAUUCUAGGGUUGGGCCCCUUGUUUGUACUGUUGCUCUUGUUCACUGCUUUCUGGGCUAUGCCUAUACGAUGCUGAUUUCCUUAUUUUGCUCGUAUGAUUUUAAGGGAUGAUCUUAUGUCCCUCUACCGUUUUUUGUGUGGAUGUGUGCUAUAUUUUUCUAA